CUUCACUUCAAAGAUGCGACUUUUUCCCCCAAAACAUAUUUACGUAGAUGGCAUCUCAUGAUGUCAUCACUUAAUUAAAAACUAACAUCAAGAAUUUUAACAUAAUUAUUAAAUUAAAAAAUCCAGCAGGUAACAAAGUUAUAAAUGGCACACGUGUGGGCUCAUACCCCAGAUAAGUGUCUCGUUCCUCAUAUUCACUCUCACAACAAACAAUCUCACCUUUCUCCUUCUUCUUCUCUCUCUGUUUCUGAAUUUUUCUUAAUGCCUAGAAAUUUACAACCAUUGGAUCUUGGAAUCCAAAUACCAUACCAUUUCAGAUGUCCAAUCUCACUCGAACUUAUGCAAGACCCUGUCACCGUCUGCACCGGCCAAACCUACGACCGAGCCAGCAUCGAGUCAUGGGUCUCCAUCGGCAACAACACUACAUGUCCAGUCACACGAGCUCCUCUCUCCGACUUCACACUCAUCCCCAACCACACUCUCCGUCGUCUCAUCCAAGAAUGGUGCGUCGCUAACCGCUCCAAUGGCGUCGAACGUAUCCCUACUCCUAAACAACCGGCUGAUCCAACCUCUGUUCGAGCUCUUCUCAGUCAAGCCUCCGCUAUAACGGGAACUCACGUCUCUGUUCGUUCACGCGCCGCCGCUCUCCGCCGUUUACGUGGAUUCGCUCGUGAUUCUGAUAAGAACCGCGUUUUGAUCGCAGCUCAUAACGCUACAGAGGUUUUGAUUAGGAUUCUGUUCUCUGAAACGACGUCGUCGGAGUUAGUCUCUGAGUCGUUAGCUCUUCUUGUUAUGUUACCGAUAACGGAACCGAAUCAGUGCGUUUCGAUAUCUUCGGAUCCGGGUCGGGUUGAGUUUUUGACCCGGUUGUUAUUCGAUUCUUCGAUCGACACACGCGUUAACGCCGCCGCGUUGAUCGAGAUUGUAUCGACGGGAACCAAAUCGGCGGAUCUGAAAGGAAUGUUUUCGAUUUCGAAUUCUGAAUCUGUAUUCGAAGGAGUUCUCGAUCUUCUGAGGAAUCCGAUUUCGUCACGACGAGCUCUCAAAAUCGGAAUCAAAACUCUGUUCGCGCUCUGUUUAGUGAAAUCCACGCGACACAUCGCGAUCACCGCCGGUGCGCCGGAGAUUCUAAUCGACAGACUCGCGGCGGAUUUCGACAGGUGCGACACGGAGCGAGCCUUAGCGACGGUGGAGCUUCUCUGCCGAUCGCCGGAAGGAUGCGCGGCGUUUGGUGAGCACGCUUUAACGGUGCCGUUGCUAGUGAAAACAAUAUUAAGAGUUUCGGAUCGCUCGACGGAGUACGCGGCGGGGGCGUUGUUAGCGCUUUGUACGGCGGAGGAAAGGUGGAGGGAGGAAGCGGCGGCGGCGGGAGUGGUGGUACAGUUGUUGUUGAUGGUGCAGAGUGAGUGUACGGAGAGAGCGAAGAAGAAAGCGCAGAAGUUACUGAAGCUUCUGAGAGAUUCAUGGCCUGACUACAAUUCCUUCGCUAACUCCGAUGACUUUGGUUGCAGCAGCCAAGUGGUCCCUUUUUAAUUUUAUUUUUUUUAAAUUGGUUUUCACAGUAAUUAUUAAAUUUAUAAUGUUUUUUUUUUUUUUUCUAAUUAGAAGGAAAAAUGGUCAUUUUUGUGUGUAUAUGAUGCGAAGAUGUGAAGAAGAAAGAUAAUUUACAGAAACUUUUUGAUGACCAUGAAUUAGUUUUUUUUUUUUUUUGUGUUUAUAUAUUGAUAUUUUUUUGGUAUGUGACUAAUUUAUCUUGUUAUUGAUUGGCGUUUUGAGUUGGGAAAAGUUGUUAAAGAAGCAAAUGGAAGAUAUGCUUGAAGGCUUUAAAGUCUUAAA